AUGUCUGAAUACGAUUCCGAGAGCUCAUUAGACUUACCUGGUCCCCCUGAAGGUGCUCCUUUCUCGCAAUACCCAACUCAGACCGCCUUGACUUCUCCAUUUGAUCCUGUGGUAGCUACUAUGCCGUCCACUGCUCCUGAUUCAAACACCACCUCACCCGAGAAGAUCAAGAAGAAGAAGCGUAAUCGACCAAAGAAGACUGGCAAAAAAUUCAAAAUCCCCGUACCGGCGACUGGCGAACUCAAGACUUACAUUGACCAUGGCUCCCAAUGUGAUGGUCAAGGGUAUCCAAUCUGGCCCAACGGUGAAACUGUCUAUCAUGGGCCUUGGAAGACGACUUGGUAUACUUGUCUUGGGGUACUUCACUGUGACGACAACUUCUGCGACUACGCUGCGCCGCCACCCACUGCUGAGGGGAAAGCAGCCCAGGCCAUCGAAGAUCAUCCGGAAUGCCCUGCUGUGGAAUGCAGUGGCAAGCACAUCUGGACCCAAUGUACUCAAACACAUUGUCGGGUGGAUGUCGAGAAAGCUACUGGGUGGGCGGUCCUUCGCCACUCUGGAACUCACGACCACAUCUGGCCAACUCCAAAAAAAGCCGAUCCUCUGGCUAUGCUCGACCUCACCAAUGAGUUGGUCAAGAACCCAAAGGCUGGGCCUUUAGUUCUGAAAGUCGGCCAGGCUGGCGCUAGCCAAACGAUCACAGCUCCUCCAAUCAUAGAGAUCCACCCGGCUUUUGCAAACGCAGGACGCCUUGGCUACUUGAGACGCAAAGUGCUGGUAGCAAAAGGACUUAUGCCCGAGAAAGAAAGUCUGGGUGGGGGGGAUCGGUUGAUCAUGGACCUCAUGCACUGGGGCAGAAACGGCCUCAGAUUGAUUUCGACGUCCCUUCUAGGGUCAAACGUACAUAUCACUUUCCAGACAGAAUGGAUGGCUGAACAGAUUGUCCGACGCGACCAAAAUGGUAAAACGUACUCCGGAGGCUUUCUCUCCGACGUGACCUACCGGUUUUUUCACAACGGCUACCUCUUAACGACCUCGAUGUACAGUGACAUCAUGACCCGAUGGAUCCCAAUCCAGCUCACCUGGUUGUGGGGCCUUGAGACUGCUCACUAUAGGGCCCACUUUAAGACACUCCUGAAUCAGAUCAAGGACGCCGAUCUCACUCAUCACGAACAAGAUCUCCUGACUCAACAGGUUGUCGACUUCUCAGUUGCGCAAAAGAAGGGCUUCAUUGAAGCUUAUAUGGAGGUAUUCAACGAAGCUGACCCAGGUAAGGCUUUGGAUAAGCUGAAAGGCUGCCGAGAACAUUAUCGUCAAUCAAUUACUCGCAUCAAAAAGAAUCGCAACGUGGUCGAUGCGAGUCAAGUGCUAGCGAUGGAUCUCCUUGAACCAGAUAAGGAGGGUGGAAUGAAACUAGCCGAGAAAUUUGAUCAGAUCGGUCGACUUUUUCCAAAAUCAAAGGCCUGGCUCGACUGGUGGAACACGGCGGACAUUCACUUGAUGCUCUUUUGUUCUCGCACCCGCUUACCCCUUGACGAUCCACCACUUGAAGGAGAAGAAGUCGAUGACGGCUUGCCUGACACCACCAAUGGUCAGGAGUCGAUGCAUCGACAAUACUACAUCAUAUCUACGGUAGCAACUGGGAAUCUGUGGUGGAAACUAUGGGGUGGUCGAAAGAACGCACUCGACGCCAACCGGACAAAAAUGACGCACGUCCUCCGGAUACAACAGAUUCACUCAUUCGACCUAAGAAGGCUGGCCGCCCUGCUGGGUCAACCAACGUGCACCGCGACCCUUUCUCCUCGUACCAGUCUUAUUCAGCCAGCACCGAGCCAGGAAAGCAAAACCGCUGCUGGGAGACGGCAGCCAUGGAAUCACUUUUGCCAACAUUCUCUCCAAUGUGGAUGGAGGGUUCCAACGGGAAGACAAGAUACGACUUCGAUGCGACCCAAUCCCUCUAACGACACUGACAUCGACAUUCUCACUACUGAUCCUUCCGGUGAUGUGCCUCGUUUGUACGAACGAACUCGUUUGGACUUCACCACGAACCCAAUGCACGUUUAUUUCCACCUUGGCGGUGUUGCUGGCCUUUCCGGUGACGAUCGGGCCACUUUCAUGAACGAGAUGGAGUGGCCUGAAGUUUUGAAACUCAAUGACAUCGAGUAUACCAUUGUUUCCCGUGGUUUUUGGGCCUACAACCAUUACUGGUGUAAAUUGGUCAGGUAUCUCAAGGGUGUUCGUGGGGUUUGGUUUUUUGAUGAUCGCCAAGACGAUGGGCGAGCACAGCUACUCGGUCGAGAGCUCAGCUUGCUUUCGGGAGCGCAACCAUCAACCAGCUGGCUGGUCUACUCUCGCAAACCAAGCACCGACGAACAGAACGUUAUUGAUCGUGGUAUAGCCAAGAUCAUGAAGGCGAACCCUGAUCCUCUCGGUGAUAUUCCAUUUACCUCAGCCGCCGACUUGGAAGGUCUUGAGGAGCAGAUCUUGGAGGUGUCUGCUGCGACUCAAACACUUUCUGGCUCUGGCUUUAUUGGUAAUAAAGCGAAGGAGGCUUUUUCAUCAUCAGCUCCGCCUCCUCUCCCAGCAGUCAAGAUCGAACCGGAUGUCAAGGUUAACCUGGCGAAAGCUAUGGAAGCUUUUUCAUUAUCAGCUCUGCCUGCUCCCCCAGCGGUCAAGAUCGAACCAGAACUUAACGAGCGUCUUGUGAAAGCCAAAGAUGCUUUGGCGUCUGUGAAAGCGAAGGAAGAUCUUGAGUCAUCAGUAGUGAAGACCGAACCGACCGACACAACCAAUUCCGGCAAUGUAUUGCGCCUUUGUAUCAAGCGACCACAACAUGAUAGCCCGAGCAAAUCCCCAUCCGUAUCUCCUUCCAAAGCCGUUGUGGUCAAUGGCAAGGGUGCCACCCAACCCAAGAAGCGCGCCAAAGCUGAAAAAGAUCAACAGAAAUUACCGGAGGUAAUUCAGGCAAAGCCGAAGGCUAAGGCCACCAAGGGCAAGAAGAAGAGAUAA